AUUUCUCUCCUGCCUGCUCCACGAUCACGUGGCUCCGGUCUCGGCCUCGAACUAUCAAAGUUGCAAGGCCAUCUCUCAUUUGGGAAAUGUGUUGACGGAGAUCAUUUCUCCGUAUUGGACCUUCGUAGCUCCGGGGCCCGCUAGCGAGGCAGAGCGGAAUCGAGUGGAGACCACACCAGUAUCCGUUGACUGGUUAUUGGCCAGAACGGUAGAGAAAAGCAUGCCCGCUGAUAGAGGCAUCCCUUGGGAUUGGCGGGAGGAGGUAGAAGAUGCUGCGGAAGCAGAAGCUGGUGGCGAUGUUAGUGAGGAGAAGUUGAUUUCUCCAGCUUCAAAGUCCAAAUCGGCUUCCCAAGCGACAGGAGCAGGACAGUUGAGAAGUCUUUUCGGUGCCAAACCACCAGUUCUCCCGGCUGAUGCAUCGCAAACACAGAUUGAAGAGCACCUCGAUUAUUGGGGCGGCGGAGCGCAACCGUUGCUCGACUUGGAAGACCUGCUAUGCGCUUACCAAGAAGGCCUCGCUGUCGAGAGGCUGUGCGAGGGGGUGUAUAAUUUUCACCGUUUGAUGCUUUGAUGCCUCGUUUUCUCAAGAAUGGGUACAAGCACAUUAUACUUGAAAGAGGGGAGGAAAGUAGUUGCCUGAAAACUACAUUAAACAAUUUACUGUAGGGGUGGUUUUGGAAAAAAUAUUAUGUUCCGGUGGACCCAAGAUCGUCUUGGAAACUCUUGCAGGUUUACAACUUCUUCUCAGUCCGCAUGUCCUCGUACAUGUCGGAACGCGGCUGCGGCGCAAUGAACGAUGCGACCUGUGAAAUCGCGCCAUUUAUCGAAGAAAUGAAGCGGUCACAGGGUUUUCCGCAGGGCUUGUUUCGAGAAGCCGUCCAGUGGAUCAGCAAGGCUAUCGACCACGUUGAAGGCGCUUUUUCAGAUAAAAAGGCACUUCUGUCGCACUCGAAAUUGCUUGCUGCCAAGCACUUCAAAAUGGAUCCAGCGGCAGUGGACAAAGGGAGUCAAUCAGCUUCGCCGAGUAUCUUGCGCGACCGCCUGUCAGACGAAUUACGCGCGCACAAUACUGCCGGUGUUGAGGUACUAGAGGGUAUUGUAGAUCGGUUCAAAAACGGCAAGAUGAACAAAAAUCAUUGCGGCCGGUUUCUGAAUCUUCACCGCGAUCUCAUUCUCCAUGGCUUCGAUGGGUUUUGGAUGACGUUGACGCUACGCGACUUCAACUCGGUGAGUGAGCGGUUCCAGCUCCAGAACCACUUCCAAUACUGGAUGAACGCCUUCAUCGAGGCUCGGACGAAGUUGAUGCAAGUGUGGCAGAUGCGUAAAGACGUUACGGGAAUGCUCGCUGCGCAUCGCGUCUACAAGAGCAUGGAUCCGAACCGCGACUUCGCGCGGAUUGACUGGAAUUGGCUUCGGUUACCGAAUACGUGGGCACCCGAUGCACAUUUGAAACGGUGGUUUCCAGUUUGCGCACUGCUAGAACACGCGGCUAUGCAAAAGUUUGGUGUUUGGCGAGGGACGCAGCUUGCGAUAGGGGACGAGAAUAAGGAAAAGCGUCAACAACUACGAGAUGGUGACCAUUUAGGAGAAGGAGCGAGAAGUUGGAGGAUCGAAGAAGAAUAUUCUCCAAAGAGGCCUUUGCAGCAACGAAUUUUACGCUUUGCAGAAAUUGGUGUUUUCGUAGGCGAAACGACGCUCUACGUGCUCUCGAACUGCUUGUUGCACUUAUGGCGGGAAUCCGGGAUUCUCGUUCAGUACCAUGGAAUAGACCCCUGGGAAUACGAAACCUUUGGUGGAUUUUUAGACCAGUACAACCAACAGUACCAGUACAAGGAAAGCACAGGGCUGCAAGUUUACAGAAAUCUCAUUCGUAAAGUUGGAAACGUUACGCGCGUGUACGAUAAUGGGCAGUUGCAACGUGAAGUAUCUAGUACUUUGGAUGAAACCUCCCACAUGGCAUCAGAUGCAAUUGCAAAAAAGCAAGAAAUCCUCGACUCUCACGACUUGAAGACGUUGAUUCAUCACGAGAACAGCCCACUGCCGGUGUACGAGGUGCGAGGAUACAACAAGGGUGAAGAUGAUCACACUGAUCCAAGUAGGAAUGCUGUUGCCGCCAUCCCAUCUUCCCUUCCAGGUGUCUUUCUUCAUAGAACGCUAUCAGAACACGCUGUGAAACGCAUUGAAGGUACUCUGGACGUCGUUUUUGUGGAUGGGGAGCACUCGUUUCACGGAGUGCACACAGACCUCAAAAACUACGUGCCGAAGACCCGAUACUUCGUCGCCGGGCAUGACUUCGACUACUACAAGUUUCCUGGUGUGACGAUGGCAGUGCUCAACGCAAAAAUCGAUACGACACAUGCUUAUCGUGAUUAUGGCCAUCGCUUGGGAGACGAGAUCUACUUGGACAGUGACACGGUGUGGUGGUCGAGGCUGCGGAAUUAAUGUGCUACGAGAUAUAGUUGUACUUGUAGUGAGUCUCGAUCGGUUUUGGCUAUCAUUCUACUGGCAAGGCUAACCCUUGCUUUUAAUUAAUCGCAAUCUUCGAGUCCCUCCACGCCUUUUGAUUUGUUGAGAUAGACGCAGAUGUAAGUGCAACGUAACUACUUCUCAAUUAGCAGAUGUUCGCGAUUCUAGUUUGGGUAGGUGUUAGACUAUCUCUUGAACGAAAAGACUGCAACAGCGCAACGCUUAUCGCUAUCCACUCCAAUCUCUGUGGAAGUUUCAGGACCAGAC